AUGGAUGCAGCCGAUGCCGCUGCAGAAGUUGAGUCGCAGUCGCGCACAACCUGGGAGGAGGCAGCAGCCGUCUUCAGGACGUUGCCUGGAGGUGGACAAGGCCUUUCCAUCCUCGGUCACGAUGUCAUGGAGGACUGGGAAGCGCCUUACAUGGACGCUCUGGCUGCGGUGGUGUCAUCGCAGCCUGGGCCAGUGCUGGAGGUUGGCUACGGGCUGGGCUUGUCCGCUGCAGCCAUUGAUCAACGUGGCGUAGAAGGGCAUGUGAUCUUGGAGGCGAACUCGGAGGUCCUCGGUCGUGCCGAGCUGUGGGCAGAGGAAGCCACGUGCCCGACCGUCGUCCUGGGAGGAUUCUGGCAGGAUCUCGUUGGCAGCAUGACGGAUGGCACCUUCGGUGGUAUCCUCUUCGAUGCAUAUCCUCUUUCGCCCGGAGAGGCUGCUGGAGAUGGGGAGGUUGGCGCUUUCUUCGUCGAGGCAGCGAGACUCCUACGUCCCGGUGGGGUCUUCACGUUCUACUUCGAUGCAGGGCGGAACUGGAUCGAGUGCGUGCGCUCCUUCCAGCUUCAGACCCUCCCCAAGCUGCGGGAUGCCGGCUUCACAAAGGUGGAGCACGACCAAGUUGCCUGCACACCUCGACCUGGAUGCACCUAUUUUUGGAAGGAUCGCUUUCUCGUUCCGAUAGUUACUCGUUGA